AUGCCGGCCACCAACGUUCCGCCGCCGAGUCCGAGCCAGAGUAGCGAUGCAAAUGACGAUGCAAACUUCAAUGUGCAAGGCCCUGCACCGAUAUCAAGGAUAUGGGAGGGUCGAGGAUGGGCACUCGAGGUUGUCCAGCAGCCAAUUCGAGCUCGCAUGUGCGGUUUUGGUGACAAGGAUCGCCGGCCUAUAUCCCCUCCGCCAUGUAUCAGAUUGAUCAUAUUUAAUCCAAGGACGGGAGUAGAGAUUGACUAUGAAAAAGUCUCAGAUCUCUCGAGACUGGUUCUGAACGUCGACUUGUGGAAUCUCCACGGUUCUCGAGAGGAUAAUUGUGUCAAGCACAAUAACACUUCGCCAUCCAUUUCUUCAGUUGUGACAACGGCAUAUCCUACAACGAUCAUAGGUCCUACACCUGGUACUGCAGCACCGCUUCCAACCUACAACACUACAAAUCCCCCAACAUACUCAUCUCAGACCUAUACAUCACCCACCACGAGCGGUCCAAAUUCUGCCUCCUCGGCCUACAACAACGACGAUCCACGUCCGUACAGCAAUGGUGGUCCCAGCUACGCACAAAGAAAUCCACCAUAUCCAUAUAAUGCCCAGUACCAAAAUGGUUACGAGCCAUCCUACAACUCUCGUGCCUCCACUGUUGGCUCAAUAUCUUCCGGAAGCCAGAUACGCUCUGCUCGUUCAUCCCAAGACCUCGGACCACCAAAAGACACUCAGAUCGCCAAAAAUCUUAUUGGAAGCGCAUCAUCAAGUGCCUUCCGGUUGGUUGAUAACAAAGGAAAGGUUGGAUUGUGGUUUGUGCUUCAAGACCUCAGCGUUCGUACUGAAGGAUGGUUCCGGUUGAAAAUGAACUUCUUCAAUUUGUCGGAGUUUAACCUCACGGAGGGGGACAGCAGUGGCAGCCUUCAGAACCCCGAGCUUUUCAGCGAGGCACCGUGUCUGGCAACAGCUUUCAGUCGGCCCUUCAAGGUUUAUAGUGCCAAGAAGUUCCCUGGUGUGAUCGAAACCACCGAGUUGAAUCGGCAGUUUGCAAAACAAGGCAUCAAAAUCCCCAUCAGGAAGGUGGAUGGAAACAACAACAAAAAGCGAAAGGGCAUCGAGGAGGAUGACUAUGAAGACGGCUAUGACGAGGAAGAUUAG